CUGCUGCCUUCCCCUUCCCGUUCCGCACUGCUGACUGCCGGGACUCGUAGUCCCGCGGCACCGCACCGCAACCCGACCUCAACCGGCACGGCACCGCAGCCGGACCGCAGCUGGACCAGCACACACACACCAGCUGCUUGCUGCAGGACCCUUCCAAGUGCUGCUGCUGGGCAAUGGAGAAGGACCCUGCACUGCGGCUCCGUGUCUUUGACCUCAACUGCUGGGCCAUCCGUUACCUGAGCAAGCGGCGGCAGGAGCGCAUCCGCCUCAUCGGAGACCGGCUGUGCCAAGAGGGCUUCGACCUUGUCCUGCUGCAGGAGAUAUGGAGUGAGCGUGACUACAGCGACCUGAAGGCAAAGCUGGGUGGUUGCUGCCCCUUCUCCCAUUAUUUCCGAAGCGGUGUCAUCGGCAGUGGCCUCUGCGUCUUCUCCAAGUUCCCCAUCCUGGACACACUGCUCUACCAGUACUCACUCAAUGGUUACCCCUAUAUGCUGCAGCAUGGAGACUGGUUCUGUGGCAAGUCUGUGGGUCUCGUCGUUGUCAGGAUUGCCGAGAUCACCUUCAACAUCUAUGUCACCCACCUGCAUGCUGAGUACAGCCGGGAGAAGGACACCUACCUGCCCCACCGUGUGGUGCAAGCCUGGGAACUGGCACAGUUUAUUCGCCACACAGCGAAGGCAGCUGACGUAGUGCUGCUGGGGGGAGACCUCAACAUGCACCCUGGAGAUGUGGGCAUCCGGCUUCUGCGUAGCUGGACGGGACUGCAGGAUGCCUACACUGAGGCCAAGCACUUUGAGGGCUGCGAGGACGGCUGCACUCUCACUCCAAAUAACUGCUUCACUGUCAAGUCGGAGCUACAGCCCUUCCCGUCAGGCAUCCGGAUCGACUACAUCCUCUACAAGGCUAUCUCCAGCUUCACAGUGAAGUGCGAAGAGCUGAGGACCACCACAGGAACAGUCCCAGGAAUGGACAUCCCUUACUCAGACCAUGAGGCUGUGAUGGCAAGGCUGUGCAUCCAACGGAGGGGACAGACAGCGGGUGUCACCAUUGGCACAGCCAUGCCAGCGCUGGUGGAGGUGCUGAGUGAGGCACGGACAGAGGUGUGCAUGGGGCUGCUGACAGCACGGCGACAGCGUUAUUCCUCAGGCAGGAUGGCAGUGCUGGCCAUGCUGCUGCUGCUGCUACAGGUGGUGGGAGUGCUGGGUGUGCUGGGAGGGCUGGCAGCUGGGAAGCCCUUCCCUGCUCUCUCCUUCUCCCUGCUGGCCUUCCUCGCCCUUGCCAUCCUCCUCCUUGCUGCUGGCCUCCACCUCUUCCACAGCAUUGAGGUGAAGAUGCUGCAGGGCACCAAGGAGCAGAUGGAGAUGGUGAUACGGGGGCUGCAGGAACAGCCCCUCCACCGCCACUGACCUGGCCCCAUCCUGACCCCUUUUUUAGCAGAAGAAAAUAAAAGAGGUGUUUUAACCCUUUGUGCCAUGUCAAGGAGGUUUUAUUCCAAGGCAGGGGGUUGCAGCAGAGUGGGAGGUGCAGAGCAUCCCACACCCAGGACUCCCAUACUGUAAGCACCACAUCUCUGUGGAGAACAGCUCUGCAGCAACUGGGAAAUCUUUAAAGGUCCAUGCAAAGGCACUGGAAUUGGAGAAGCCCGAAAGGGCCAAGGAGGAUGUGGCCACCAGUGCCCUUUGUCCUGUGUCACAGAUAGUGCCAGCUCUGGGCAAAAUCCACUAGGAGAGCUGCUGGGGAAACAUCCUCAUCCCACAUCACAUUGCACAGGAGUUUUUGACCCUUGUAUCCUGCGGUGGAUGGGGACAGUAUGGAGGUGGCACCCAAAAGUGGUGAUGCAGAGCUACGUGCUGGCCAUUGGUAGUCCCGUUUGUAGAGCCUGAUGUCAGGGUUUGGUGUGGAUGUUCCCA